ACAUGGCUUAUUUAAUGCCGCACACAGUCAUGUGGCAGCUGUAGCGAAGACAGUUAAAUAAUUCGCUGUAUGGCGAUUUGAUGCUGGAAGAGACAGGAGUGGUGUUACUGUUGAGAUUCUCUGUAUUGCUCCCUAUGGAUGUUUUAAGUGUUGUGUUACUUUAUGUAAGUUCAGUCUUCUACACAUUCUGUCACAUGUGAGAAAAGUGUGAGUGCUUCAAACGUCUGCGAAACGUCUGCGCUCAUUGUGGAUGAUAAACCCUGCAGAUAUCACUGCGUGGGGCUCUCCAGCACUGAAGCCAGUCUAGGCUGAAUAACUGGAUGAGUAGGAUUGACAUUCUUUCCGAAGUCACGGCAACACUGGCCGAACAAUAACCUGUUUCCUGUUCAGCCCUCUGACAGCUGCGGAUUGGAAAUCCCUGUGCACUCUGCUGGCAACAGUGCCUAAAGAACCUCGCCUCAUUUCCUGGUGCAAGAAGGGAUGCCCAAGUUCCAGGAGAUGGCUGCAAAGACUGCCUUCGUUUCUGCCUCAAUGGCUGCUGGGUCAACCAGUCUGAUAGCAAAGCGAUACAGCGUACAAGAGAAACUGGGCAGGGGCAGUUUCGGCACAGUCUACCUUGUUCUGGACACAAAAGCAAGAGAAGGUGAAAAGCUAAAGGUGCUUAAGGAGAUACCUGUGGGAGACCUCAAUCCUAACGAGACAGUACAAGCCAAUUUGGAGGCUCAGCUAUUAUCCCAACUUCAUCAUCCAACCAUUUUGAAAUUCUACACAAGCUUUCUUGAGAGAGACAGUUUCUGCAUAAUAACAGAAUACUGUGAGGAUAAAGACCUGGAAUGUAAAAUCGAAGAGUACAAAGAAACUAAAAAGUCAUGUCCUGAAAGCCAGAUAACGGAGUGGUUUAUACAGCUCUUGCUAGGCGUUCACUAUAUGCAUGAGAGGAGGAUAUUGCACAGGGAUUUAAAAACAAAAAAUAUUUUCCUGAAAAAUAACAUUGUGAAAAUAGGAGAUUUUGGAGUUUCUCGUCUUCUCAUGGGCUCCUGUGACCUGGCCACGACUUUCACAGGCACUCCGUACUACAUGAGCCCAGAGGUCCUCAGCCACCAGGGGUAUGACUCCAAGUCCGAUGUGUGGUCUCUGGGAUGCAUACUGUAUGAGAUGUGCUGUUUGGAGCAUGCAUUCACCGGCCAUAAUUUCUUAUCUGUUGUCAUGAAAAUUGUGGAGGGGAAAACUCCGGUCCUGCCAGACAGAUAUUCAGAAGAGCUUAACUCGAUCUUACAGGGCAUGCUGAACAAGGAUCCUUCAUUAAGACUGUCGGCUGCAGAUAUCCUGAAAAUGAAAUUCAUUGAGGAGCACCUACAUAAUAUAAAACACAAGUUCUCAAGCAUGACACUGAAAGAAAAAACAGUGAACUGUAAGAAAGAAGCUGCUGAAAUUAGGAAUGCGUUGCAGAAAAAGGUCCACCUGGAAACUCUGCGGGAGCAGUCAGAAGUUCAGAAAAUGACACCCAGGGAGCGCAUGAGACUGCGGAAGUUACAGGCAGCAGAUGAGAAAGCCAGAAAGUUAAAGCAGCUUGCUGAAGAAAAAUAUCAGGAGAAUUGUCGCCGAAUACAAGAAUUCCGGUCCCGAAACUUUCAGAAUGUCAGUGUGGACGUUCUGCAUGAGUGUCAGGAGCAAACUGUGAAACAGGUUAACCAGACUCAGCCCAUAACUGCACAGGACUUCAAGUCCCUGGUCCGUUCAGGAGGCUGCACAGAGAAACAGGACACUGACAGGCUCUGUAUGUCGGAUCCCCUGGAUCAUGGUGAGAAACAAGCCUGUGCCUUUACCACAAAAGAGAUUCCUGAGGAUCCACAGACAGCAGAGUUGUACUAUUACGAAGACAGGUUUGAGUCAUGCUCCGAUGAAGAGGAGGAUGAGCAGGAGGACUCUGAGGAGAAGCCCUCUGACACCCUUUACAGAACUUGUGGACAGGACACCGAUGUAGAGGCCAUGGUGAAGUGCUUGGAGGAUGUUCUGGAAAGCGAACACAGUAGUGCUGUGGCGGUCAGCGCUGGGGCUCCAGCCCCGGGCCAGAGGCCAGGGACGAUCAACUGCACCAUGGCAGAGAGCAAGAUCCAGCGCAUGCGGCAGUCAAUAAGAGAGAAACUGGGAGAAGAGGCCUUCCAGACGGUCUAUGACUACCUGAAGAAUGCCAGGGAGAACUGUGUGAAGGAAGGCGAGAUCAAGGAUUUCUUGGGGAAGAUUGAAGGAAGGCCAAGUGAUUGCUUUGAAGUGGAUCAGCUUCUCUACUUUGAAGAGCAACUGCUGAUGACAAAGGCAGGCAAAGCCAUAGAUAAAACAAACAAGCGCUAAAACGGAGCGUGGCGUCCAAAGGGUACAACAAACCGCAAGGACUACACGACGUAGAACUGUUUCACAGAAGAAGAGGUUUUCCUCUCUCUUUACACAAAGAUUUAUUCUUUAGAAAUGGGUGCUGCAGUGGUGUACACCUCUUCUUUGAAAUAAUGGUGUCAGGUAUUUGCUGAAUGCACUGAUUAAUGAGAUUAUUAUCAGCUGGAGAAGUUCUCAGGUGUCAGAUCCAAAAAUGUUUUUGUUAAACCAGCAAGGAUGGCAAAAACAUUGUCCUAGUGUAUUUUACAAAAUGAGAUCUAUAGCCAUCCAAAAGUAUUCAGCCCCUACUUGCGAUGUCCCAUUUUGUGAAAUGACUAAACAAAACACGCACAUUUAUUAAACAUAAUACAUAAUAUCAACUUAUAUUUAUCAUAUAAAAUGUGUAGAUAACACGUAUCAGUUGCUGCUUCAAAGUGUCAUGAUGGCUGGCUUUCAAGGAACAAACUGUGAAAACUGUACAAGGGGCUGCAUACGUUGGCAAGGUUGGUUUUGAUCAUAUGCAAAAGGGAAGAAGGGAUCAAAUAUAAAAAUUAGAUUUUUAGAAAGCUCUCUCUAAUACAGUAAUGCUUUCGUAUUUUUCAACAUUUUUUUUGUUCAUGUAAUCUUUAAGGUGUAAAUGAAAAAUUAUAUCAUACUUAGCUAAAGCAGCCUGUUUAUUAAGCAAUACACACAGCGAAGAUGUUUUAUACAGGAAUAUUGUGUUAUUUACCAUGUGAUCUAUCUUGUUAUUUUUUAAUACUUGAUGGAAUGGCAUAUGGAUUAAAGCUGGAGCUGCCACUGAACAGACAAACAUGUUCCCAUUAUAUUUUUCCAAAUAUUUCUCCAAUACACAUUUGAAAGAGGUUCUCGGAUGAAUUCAAAAUGUAUGCAUGUGGCUAAGAGGUAGAGAAAAUACAUAAGUGCCUUGAAUCGUAGGAAGAGAAAUACAUAUUGUAUGUGCACAUACUGUAUGAUAUAAAGGAUCAAGUGAUAAAUAAUUUCUUCAUCCUAGUCUGACCUAACUGCUUUACAAGAAAACAUUGUGUCCUCUAAGGUGUCUCUAGCGCAUUCAGUUGGGCCAGAUGGUGCAUUACACCAAUAAACUUCACUAUAAACAUGGUAUAAACUACACAAAUAAACUAUGGUAUCCAUGCUA